UCAGACGCUUCCAUCCGCGAGCAGAGAGAUAUCGUGCAGUCUGUGGCUUACCUCGAGAGGCAUCGGUGGGAUAUCCUCAGCGGGACACAGUCCUGGGACCAUUCUUCCAUGGAGAGACCUCUCCUGUACCUCACUGCCAUGGGGCUUGUGAUAUCAUUGAUGGAGACCACCUCCACCAACAUCUGCAAGACCUGCAGUUGCCCUGAAGAUACCCGGGUGGCAGUCUGGUGCAUUGGCAAAUUGCUGACCGAGGUUCCCCGGAACCUGCCGCUGGACAUCCAGGAACUCUAUUUGCAACACAACAAUAUCUCCAAUGUCCUUCCAACCGAUUUCUCCUAUGGAGGUCCUCCAGGACCUCAUCUCAGUGAGUGUCUCCUGACCCUCGAUCUCAGCCACAACCAUCUCACCUCCAUCCCCACCCAAGGGCUGGAGGUCUUGACCCAGUUGAAGAAGCUUUUCCUCAACAGCAACCUCAUAUCUUCCUUGGCACCUGGGUGCUUGAAGACACUGACCAACCUGCAAGAGCUGUAUCUGAACGACAAUCUCCUCCACUCUCUGGACCCUGGGAUCUUCACCGGCCUCCCCCGGCUUAGCAUGUUGAUGUUGAGCUUGAAUCAGCUCACCACCAUUGCCCCCGGGGUCUUCGAUGAGCUCGGCCAACUGGACUUGCUCCAACUCAAUGGGAACCGGAUCUCUGAGAUCCAGCCUGGUUCCUUCCUGGGUUUGAGGGUCCUGUCGCAGUUGUACCUCAGGAGUAACAACAUUUCCGUUCUCACCAGGGGAUCCAUGGAGGGGCUGGAUCAACUUCAGAUCCUAAGCUUGGCCAAUAACCGCAUCCAAAUGGUUCCCCAGGAAGUGUUGGGACACCUGAAGUCCCUGAAGAAUCUCUACUUGAAUAACAACGAAAUUGGAUUUCUCCCCGGAUUUCUGUCCAACUUUGUAGAUCUCACCCUGUUGGAUGUCAGUACCAAUGGACUCACUAGUUUGGCAGAUGUUUCCUUCCAGAAUCUCACCAAACUCAGACGUUUGGACCUGAACUCAAACAACCUCACCGCCCUUCCUCCUCAAGCCUUUCAGGGGCUAAGGAACCUGACCCACCUGAACCUGUUCAACAAUGGCAUCCGUUCCUUGCCUGGCACUACAUUCCUCGGCCUCCUCAACCUGAAGGAGCUGCACUUGGACCACAACCAGAUCUCCACCCUCCCUCCGGAGGUCUUCCAGGGUCAGUCGGAGCUGAGGGAGCUUCAGUUGGACAACAACCUCCUGGUUGAGCUGCCUGAGGGAAUCUUUGAUGGGCUGACUCAUUUGAGGACCUUGUAUCUGGAUAACAACCUAUUGGAGGUCAUCCCGAAGAGGACCUUCCAUCGUCUGGUCUACCUGAGAGAACUUCAACUGGACCAGAACUACAUCUCCUCCCUUCCCAGGGGGGUCUUCGCCAACUUGGUGGAGCUCCGUAUUGUCCAGCUCAGCCACAACCGCUUGUCCCAUCUCCAUCACGACAUCUUUCAGGGUCUAACCAACCUGAAGGAACUUCAGCUGGACGCCAACAGGUUGUCCUCCAUCCCGCACGGAGCCUUCAAGGAUCUGAAGAAGCUGAGAGAGUUGCACCUGGGCAGCAACGGGUUGUCCAAGGUGCGGGCCGCGGUGUUCCAUGAUCUGCGGAAGCUGGAGAUCCUCCAGCUCCAGUUCAACCAACUCCGCCACUUGCCCGCUAAUGUCUUCUCCGGGAUGAGGCAUCUGCAGAGGUUGCUCCUCCACAGCAACCUUCUCUCCGCCCUGGAGCCUGGCAGCUUCGCCGGCCAGGGCAGCCUGGAGGAACUGCACCUGGACCGCAACCUCCUGUCCACCUUGCCCGCCCCACUCUUCCGAGACCUAGCCCAUCUCACUCUCCUACACCUGGACUUCAACAGGUUGGGCAGUCUGAGCCAUGGUCUCCUUAGACCUCUGGGGAAGUUGGAGCAGAUCCACCUGGGGGGCAACCCCUGGCAGUGUGACUGCCCAUCCAUCUUCUACCUGAGGGACUGGCUUCGCGACAACCCCAACAUCGUGGCCCAGCCCGUCAAGUGUGUCUCCGACCAGUCUCCAGUGGCAGCCAUGACCAAUCUCUCCACAGUCCCUUCCUACUGUUCCUCCUCGUCCACACCAACCCUAUCCUUCCUCCCCCUCCUCCUCCUCCUCUCUGGCUUCUCAUUCCUCUGCCUCCAUAUUCACUUCCCGUGACGCCAAUCCAAAUCCAGACCUCUGCAUCCCUUCAAUCCCAACGUCUUCACGAUCCCUAUCCUUGCUCCCUAACAAUCGUGGCCGUAGGUACAAGCGUAGGUCUUUCAGCCCCUCAAACCUGCUGCAUUGUU